CCUAUCCAUCUUAGAGCUCCCAUUUGUCAUGCUGGGCACCCCUGCUCCCCGGUGACCAAUCAGGAGUGUUUCCUUAGAGGCUAAGAGCAGCCCCUCACCUCCUCAUCAUCGCAAGUGAUUGACAGCUUCCACAGGAAGGAGGGGGUGGAUAUUUACCUCCUCGUGUUCUCAUGGGACCAAGUUAAUGAUCCCAGCCAACAAAAUAACACAAAGAGGGAAAAGCCUGAGAAGUCGGUGCCUGGUUGAACCAUUUGGAGCAGUUUCGGCUUCCUUUGGAGAGAAUUAGAAAAAAAAAAAAAAAAAGAGGCUUGUGUGAGAAGACUUUCAGAGACAGGAGGAACACAGAUGAAGCGGCAGCACCCAGACAGAUAGUUAAAAAAGUAGAGGGAGUCUUCUGAGCAAAGUCUCAAGUUUUUAGAAAACUCUCAUCUUGGUUUCUCUGUGUAUCUUUGAGUCACCCUGACUGGACUGUCUGGUUGAGUGACUAACAGGCUGUGAGAUAGCUGAUCGACUUCCCUGGAUUUCCCUCACAAUCCCUCUUUGUUGUGCCUGAAAAUGGAAACACUAGAGUCUGAGCUGACCUGCCCAAUCUGUCUGGAGCUUUUUGAGGACCCACUGCUGCUGCCCUGUGCUCACAGUCUUUGUUUCAACUGUGCCCAUCGUAUCUUGGUCUCCCAUUGCACCCCCAGCGAGCCUAUCCAGUCUAUCAGCGCCUUCCAGUGUCCAACUUGUCGCUAUGUCAUUACUCUCAACCAGAGAGGCCUAGAGGGACUCAAACGCAACGUGACCCUACAGAACAUCAUCGACCGCUACCAGAAAGCCUCUCUAAGUGGACCCAACUCCCCAAGCGAGACUCGUCGUGAGCGGGUGAUCCCAGAAGGCAAAGCCAUGACGUCUCCUACGGAUCGAGUGCAGUGUCAGUUCUGCGAGCAGGACCCCCCUCAGGAUGCAGUAAAGACCUGCGUUACCUGCGAGGUGUCGUACUGCGAGGAAUGCCUCAAGGCCACCCACCCAAACAAGAAACCCUUCACGGGCCACCGGCUGAUUGAACCCUUGCAGGACUCCCAUCUCCGGGGGCUCAUGUGUCUGGAGCACGAGGACGAGAAAGUCAACAUGUACUGUGUAACAGACGAACAGUUGAUCUGCGCCUUGUGCAAGCUUGUCGGCCGACAUCGGGACCACCAAGUAGCGGCCCUCAGCGACCGGUAUGACAAACUCAAGAAGUCUCCUGGCCGCCUUCUCUGUGCGGGGAAUGAUCAGUCAUACCAGGAGGCGGACCAGGUGAUCAGCGUCAUUUCUUUAAUCAAACAAUCGGGACGGAUUUGUUUUAUUGAUCUUCCUUGAAUCUGAACGUGAUCUUCCUGAGGGAUGAAAAGUAUCUGUGAAGAUAAAGUGAUGUAUUCCCUGAAACAGCUAACACGGGUCUAAGGCAUUGACUAAUGAGACAUGCUAAUGUGACCUUGGCAGCUGUUAAUGUAUGAGGUAUAGUGCUCAGUUUUAUGAGCCUGUUGUGUUUUCAUUAUUGCAUCUAGUAACUAAUGUGAGCACUAAUGUGGCUUAAUAACAUCGUCUCAAUGAUUAAUGACGUUACGGAUAAAGAGGAAUAUAAAGGCUUUCCAUUUAAUCUUCUCGCAGAGUUAAGUAUUUACUUGCUGGGUGUAAUUUUUGAUGUUAUUCUUUUUUUAUUUAUCCCUGCGUCCUAUGGACUUCACAUUACAUGCAGCCACUUCCGCUGUUUGAGGUCGGAAGAGAAGGAGGAAAUGGCAAUUCCUACCGCUGUGGAAAAUAGGCUUUUCUUAUAGCAUGCAGCCCAGGACCCAGGUGGCUCUGAGCUGAGCUUGUGAAUAGCUCUGAUGGAGUUUUUCUCUUGAUCAAAGUGCUUCAAAAUGUCUCCGAAUCUCCCACAUAAAGAAAAUUGUGUGGCAUUGCACAGACACGUGUGCUGCUGAGUUAUUUGGAUCAUUAUGUGCUGAGAUCAGAUCCAUAAUUGCAACAUUUUUGUGUCAAUAUUUGACUUCGAAUGAUCAAAGAGAGCGACUGCUGCAUUAAGGAGUACGACUUUUCCAGUCAAUCCCGAAGCUUAUAUGUAAACAGGCAAAAGAGUGAAACUUUGAAGUGAAAUUAAAUCGACUCAGUUUAAACCAUGGGAAGAUGCUAAUCUAAAACCGUGCAAACAAUAGGGGAUAAUGUUAAGACUUUAAAAGAUGUUAUUGGUGAUAGUGGGACAGUGCUGCACUUAUUCACAGUAAAUUCCGUUUUUAAUUUAUGUGGUUGUGCAAUGAUUGCAGUAAACAGAAGCCAUUGUGUCCUUCUAUAUCACUGUAUGCGAAUUCAAACUGUUUAUCUUGUAAAGUACUUUGAAAUGACAUUUGCUGCGAAUUGGGGCCUCAUAAAUAAACCAUGUUGAGUUGAAUUAUAUGGAGCAUUGUAGAAAUGACUUUCACUCAAAUUUUGUUCUCAUUUUCCAAAUAGUAAAAUUAUACUUUCAAAUAUUGAACUUUUAUUGACAGGAACACCAGUCUGAAUUAACAUAUUUUAAAAGGUAGAGCAGUAAAUAUCCUUGUGCAUUGCGUAAUAACGCCGUCAAUUAUCACAUUGAAAAAAACAAUUUGAUGGAGGCGUAAUAAUAUUUACACAAUGUGACGUCGACUACUACAGGAAAUUAAAUGUUAAAGUUCUGGAAACCAUUUCUUCCUCUGCGUGUAUGUCAGCUUCUCUUGAAUUUCAAUGCAAACACACAUUAUUCUGCCUAAUGGUUAGUGAUUAUCUGCACCCAAAAGUAUUGAGGAAGUCCGGUAGAGCGCAUUCUGAGAUGCAUGAAAGCCUUGAUUACAAAUUAGGGUUAUUCCACCUAACGCUGAUCUUGAUUUUCUUGUUUCUUUCACAGCUGUAUGUAAAAAAAACAAAAAAAAAACAGUUUAUUUUAUAUAUUUAAUGUAAAAGUUAUGCAAAAUGUUUUGCUUAUUAGGUCACAGUCUACCUUUGUUUCCACUUCUACCCUAGCUCAGGAAUCACUGGCAUUCCACAUGCAGGACACAGCAGACCACAGCCAGCUCUAAAAUAUGGAGGGAAUUCAGCUGGAAAACUUUUUUCUUAUCGUGCCUCAAAAUAAAUUCAAACAUUUGGGCACACAGCAACAACAGGGCUGACGUCAGUGGGGCGCCAGUCACGGUCAGGUUUUUUUUAGCUAUGUGCAACGCUCCACAUACUUUUGGAUGACAUUAUUUUAAAUCUGGUAUGAGAUAUUUUGAUAUAGGACUUGUCCCAAGAAUAGUUCUUCAGGGAUUGGAGUCUGAUUUUCCUCGUCAAAGAAAGGGUCACAAUAUCUUUAGCUGAAAAGCAAAACCACUAAAGACAGACCUCUGGAAGGAUACAAUGGAUAAAAGCUUCUCUAUUGAAAAAAAAAAAAAAAAAAUCCUGUAAGGGACAAUUUAGGAACCCACAGAAAUGGACAGUCAUCAAACUAAAAAAAAAAAAAAAC